AUGCCUAUUGAAGAAUACGAACUACUUGAUCAAGAGCCAAGAGACUUGGAGCUGCAACAGUCGUCACCGCCAGAAUCUGCCUCGACACCUAGCCCCUACAACGAAGUCGAAGAAGAGCCAGAGUUACGAGAUUCGCUACAAUCAGAUUCGUCUCAACUAUUUGACGAUAUAGACGUUUACAUGUCACGUAAUAGUGCUGAAAUCGAUGAUUUCAGCAAUAGCCCUUUGUUUCAGUCCGUUUUUCUGAAGUACCAGGGAGCUAACGUGUGGAUGAAAAGAGUUUGUAUGGGAUUAUGCAUUUUUUCUAUAUUAUUAUGGCUAGCCGGUCUUCUUGUGUAUUCACAGAUGUCCCUAUCUUCAGCCGUCAAGAGUAUAACCUGGCAGACAGACGUAGAAGUUAGUGGUAAGAAUAUCACUUUGAACAAAUACAGCCCUAAAUACGCCAAUUUGACCAUUGAUCAGAUGAGAAAGUCGAAGUACGCAGCAUACAAAACGACCAUAAAAUGGCUAGAACCACAACAAUACCCCAAAGAUACGGCUCCAGUACCUCGUGGAUCGGGAUUCUACUUAGAAAGAGAUUCUGACCGAUACAAUAUAAGGCAGAUGAACACCGUUUUUACUGCCCCUUUUAUAGAAAGAACCCAAUUUGCAUACAGAAACAAUUUCUUCUACAUAACGGAUGUCAUAUUGAACCCACACAAGCCAAUUGACGAUCCAGACAACUAUCAUAUAGUUGUUACAGACAAACUCGAACAAUGGAGGAGUCUGAGUUUCGCAUUGUACUGGAUAUACAAUCCAUUAACAGCACAGUAUAUACCGAUACAACCACCCCAGAAUUUAAAGAAACUCCAGAACGAUAACCAGUUGCAGGAAGAGAUUUUGGACAAGUUGCACUUCGCUGAAUUUUCUCCAAAGGGUGAUUUCGUCGUUUUUGGCUUCAAUCACGAUAUCUUCUUGCAAGAUGUAGUCUCGAACGAAAUUCAGAGAAUCACUAAUACAGGUUCUACCAGCAUUUUCAACGGGAAACCGGAUUGGGUGUAUGAAGAAGAAGUGGCUGCUGAUUACAAGUUAAUUUGGUGGUCACCAGACCAAGAGAACUUGGUGUUUGCUUCUUUAAAUGAUACGCUUGUCCAAGAAUUUGAAUUGGACUACUAUAUCAAAGACAGCACUGAAGUAGGUACUCAGUACAAAGAACUGCUGGAAAAUAAAUUCGAAGAUGUCAACCAGUAUCCUAUAAAGACGUCAAUUAAGUACCCCAAACCUGGAACUUCGAACCCUAUAUUGUCAUUAUUUAAUUACAGACUUUCUGACAAGUCUAUCAAAGAAAUCACCAAGUUACAGGAUGGCUUGGGAGAAGAUUUCAUCUUGUAUAAAGCUGCAUGGGUAGACAGCAAGAACUUUCUCAUGAAGCUCACAGACAGAACAAGUGCCAUUCUCAAGAAAAAGGUAUUCCAGCCAGCUAUAUCAUCUGAAGUUAUUGAAGUCAAUUCUAUGAAUGUGACUCAGGAGUAUGGAGGAUGGGUUGAUAAACUUUCGCAAAUUGCCAUUGUAGAAACAGAUGACGACAAGGAAAAUCUGUACAUUGACAAAGUAGUGGUCAAUGGUUUCACUCAUAUAGCACUCUUCGAAUCAGCCACAUCCAAAGACUAUGCCAGAUUAUUGACAUCCUCCAAUACGUGGGAAGUUCCACUUAGCUCUCCAUUAGUUCACGACAAGCAGUUUAACGUUGUCUACUUCUUGACCACUAUAAGAAGUUCCAUGGACGCCCAUCUAUAUGCUGUUGAUCUUUCUACUGAUGACAACAAGUUGAUACCUAUCACAAGCUCUGAAGUAGACGGGUUGUACCAAGUUGAGUUCGACCAGGCGGGCCAACAUUUGAACUUGUUCUACAAAGGCCCAAAACAGCCAUGGCAGAGACUAGUGAAUAUGGCCGAAGUUCAUGAAUUCAUUUCUUCUGGAGAUUUCAAGGGAAAUGGUGUAGACGAACUCAUCUUGAAGAGUGAAGUCAUCAAUCAUUUUGACGUUACUGAAGGUAACUUAAAGGAUACCAACAUUCCUACAAAAGUGUACAAGACUAUUCAAGUAGGCAAAUAUGACGACGGAAGCCCACUUCGGUUGAAUGUGAUUGAAAUCUUUCCCCCUAACUUCAACCCUCACAGGGCAAAAAAGUACCCUUUACUAGUGUAUGCUUAUGGAGGUCCUGGCUCUCAAACUGUAGACAAGUCGUUUGACAUAGAUUUCCAGCACAUUGCUAGUGCUUCGUUGGAUGCCUUGGUGUUGGUUAUAGAUCCUAGAGGUACAGGUGGGCAAGGCUGGAAAUUCAGUAGCACCGCUAAGAAUAGACUAGGCUAUUGGGAACCCAGAGAUAUCACCACUAUAACUUCAGAGUAUAUAACCGUAAACAAGAAGUUUAUCGACCAGUCCAGAACUGCAAUCUGGGGCUGGUCCUACGGCGGCUUCACUUCCUUGAAGACAUUAGAGUUUGACCGUGGAAAGACCUUUAAAUAUGGUAUGGCAGUGGCACCAGUUACAAAUUGGCUAUUCUAUGAUUCGGUGUAUACUGAAAGGUACAUGAAUCCACCAAAAGUAAAUGGAAACUACGAGAAGUACGGCCGAAUCAGCGAUUACAAGAAUUUCAAGUCGUUGAAGAGGUUCUUGCUAAUGCAUGGAACAUCUGAUGACAACGUCCACCUUCAGAAUCUGCUCUGGCUACUUGACAAGUUCAAUCUUGGAGAAGUUGAGAACUACGAUGUCCAUUUCUUCCCUGACAGUGACCAUGGAAUCUAUUACCACAAUGCCAACUCGAUAGUUUUUGACAAGUUGCUUCACUGGUUGAGAGAUGCAUUUAUGGGCAAGUUCGACGGGUUGUAUAGAUAG